UCGGGUUUAGGGAGGAAAUAAGCCGAGUCUAGGCAGGGGAAAACUCCUAGAACAAGCGAGCUGAGACAGUAGGUUGAGUGCGAUGGCUGAUCGUUGUUAGAAUAAGGGAGCUUGCUAAUUGCCUGCAUAUAGUUUCCAUUCUCUUCCACAACAGCAUGGGAUCACCUGACGUGGGAUCACCACGUGACGCUGCCGCGCAAAUCGCUUCCGACCUGCCAGUCACGGACCUCCGCCCAAUGGAGUCGUCCCCCGCCGAUUCCGCCGCGAAUUCCACAGUAGCUUCCGCGCAAUCCCCGCCAGUUGCGGGGAAUACACCCGCGGCUGCCGCUGAUCUAGCAGUCCCUGCCCUGCCAGCUGACGCGGCGGCGGCGCCAGCGGAGAAUGCAGCACCCGCGGACGGCGGAAAGCAGGCGGCAUCGGCGGUAGCGGCUGUGACGGCGGUGACGGCUGUAGAGGCUGUAGCGCCUGCAGGGGCUGUAGCCGCGGAGGGUUCGGCAUCCGCGGACGGCGGAGGGCAGGCGGUAACGGCUGUAGCGACGGACGGCGCAGCAUCCGCGGACGGCGCAGCACUUCCGGUUGGCGGAGGGCGGCCGAUGUGGAAGACGACUCUGUGCUCGUUCUUCCGCAAGCACGGGGAGUGUAAGCACGGCGCGCAGUGCAAGUUCGCGCACGGGGAGGCGGAGCUGCGCGCGCGCCCGGACGGGUCGUGGGACCCCACCUCCGCGCGCGGAGGGGCGAAGCGGAGCGGAGAGGGGGCAGGGGAAGAGGACCAGAGCAAGAAGGGGAAGAAUCGGGGGAGGAAACGCGGAGGGGGAGGGUGUUGGGGAAGAGAGGCGGAAGAGGCGGAGGGUGGGGAGGAAGAGGGAAAGGAAGGGGGAGCAGGCGGGGAGAAUGAGUGGAGUCGCCUUUGCGUGCAGAAUUUGCCCAAGUGGUGGAAUGUGAAGCACUUUCGCGAACUGCUAAACGAACUGAGUGUGGACUAUUGUGGGUCGAGGAAAAGCCAGGGAGUGGCGUUCGGGUUUGUGUCGUUUGAAUCAGCCGCCGCUGCAGACAAGGCCAAGCAGGCGCUGCACGGAAAGGAGGUGCGGAAACAGACGCUGGACGUGCAGCCGGCGCGGUACCGCACUCAGAAACAGACGGCGUUCGCCGGCCAGGAGGGCGACGAGGGGCGCGAGGGCAAGAAGAGACGAACCGAGGGCGGGGGGGAGAAAGACGGGGAGAUAGGAGGGGAGGACAGGGGAAAGGAUGGGGGGAAAAGGCAGGAAGACGGGGAGGAGGGAGAGGGAGUGGAUGAGGAGGAAGGAGAGGAGGGAGAGGAGGGAGAGGAGGGGGGCGAAGAGGGAGAGGGCAGGGGAAAAGAUGGGGAAGGUGGAGGUGAGAAAGCAGAGGGGAGGGCGAGGAAGGAGGCUUGGGAGGCGGUGACCCCGUUAGCUAAGAUGGGGUACAGGGAACAGCUGGAGAUGAAGGCGGGAAGAGUGGCGAAGGACCUUCAGCGGAUCGUGACUAAAAUGAGGAAACUUUAUACCAGGAAGAGCACCGCCCAGCUGCCAGAGUGGAUCAAGACGGCGAGGGAGAGAGCCCAUCUCCCCUGUGUGUUCGAGGGCAUCCACGCCUCCCCAGUGGUCGACGGCUACCGCAACAAGUGCGAGUUUUCCAUUGGCCCCUCGGCUGACGGCCAGGCCGCGGUCGGGUUCCUUCUUGGAAACUUCCGGGACGGAGUGACAGCAGUAGCAGAGCCGGAGGGUUGUCGAAACAUCUCCCCCGUAUCGAUCGCCUUUGCACGGCUGGUGCAGGGGGUGGUGAGGGGCUCUGCCCUGGCUGCUUGGGACAAGAUCCACAACCGGGGCUUCUGGCGCCUGCUCACAGUGAGGGAGGGUAGGGCAGAGCCACUCACUGCUGCUGAACCUGACCCUGCUGCUGCUGCUGACGUGGCACCCAUGGACGUGGACCAGUCAGCUGCAGUGGGUGUGGAUGGUGGGAGCAGGCAGGCGGAGAAGCAAAGCGAUGGGGAUGAGCAGUGCAAAGAACGGACUGGCACAGAGAAGACGGACAGAGAAGGGAGCCAUGGGAGCGAUGCAGUGAAGCAACUUGAUGGUAUGGGAGGAGAUGGCGCAGUAAAGCAAGGGGGGGCAGCAACGCAAGGCGAAGGCACCGUGCAGGAUGCCCGGCCGGCAGUGAAUCAAGUGAUGCUGCUGCUGCAGGUGAACCCAGCGGGCGUCGAUCGGACGGUCGUGGAUGCGGAGCUCAGUAGAUUGACGGCUGAGAUUGCAGCUGCGGCGGCGCAGCACAGACCACCGCUGCCUCUCACACUCAUCCUCGUGCAGGAGCACUCGGGCGUGUCCAACGCAGCUCCUGAAAGCUGCUCCAUCCGCAUGCUGUACUCUCGUGAGAGUACCCUCCAGGCAACGAUGUCAACAGCACCGGCAUCAGUACCGGCUUCGGCAGAGGCCAUGGCAGCCAAAAGUGCAGGAAGUGCUGGGAAUGUGCCAUCAGCAGCAGGAGGAGAGGCAGAUAAGGGCACCGUAGCAUCAGCACCAGCAGAAGCAGCAGCACCAGCAGAAGCAGCACCAGCAGCACCAGCAGCACCAGCAGCACCAGCAGCACCAGCAGCACCAGCAGCACCAGCAGCAGCAGCAGGAGAAGCAGCAGAAGUUGCAGGGGUGGCAGAAGUGGCGGGGCAAUCAGGGUCUGACACGCACAUAUACGACCAUCUGUGUGGACUCAAAUUCCGCAUUUCACCAACAGCUUUCUUCCAGACCAACUCAAUGGGAGCGCAGCUGCUCUAUCAACUAGCCGCUUCCUGGGUCGCCUUGGGGCCUCCCCCUCUCGCUCCCCCUCCUGUGCUGCCUCCCCUAUUGACCAAGCACCAGCAGCAACCGCAGCAGCAGGAGCAACAGGAGCAACUGGGGCAGCAGCAGCAGCAGCAGCAGCAGCCGCAACAGCAACAGCAACAGGAGCAGCAGCAGCAGCAGGCGCAGCAGCAAGUGCAGCAAGGCGAGGAGAGGGGCGGCGUGUUGGUGUUUGAUGUUUGCUGUGGCACGGGCACCAUCGGGCUCUGCGUUGCCAGGCAUGCCAAGAAGGUGAUCGGCAUCGAGAUGAACAAGUCAGCAGUGGAGGAUGCGUGGAAGAACGCGGCAAUCAACGGCAUUCAGCAUGCCGAGUUCGUUGCUUCCAGGGCUGAGCUGGUUCUGCCAAAGCUGCUGCGAGAGUACCUUCCCCAGGUGCAGCUUACCCUGGAAACGGACAAGCCAGGCUCAGGUGCGGCAGCCGAUGCAGCGAACGAAGCUGGAGGGGGCAUGAAGGAGGACGGGCAUGCAGCAACAGCAAAGAACGAGGUGGAGGAGGGGGAGAACAAGGGCGACUUUUCGUUCUCUCGAGUCGUGGCGAUUGUUGACCCUCCAAGAGCCGGUCUGCAUCCAAUGGUGCUACGCUCGCUUCGGGAGAAUGCCAAGCUCAAGCAGCUGCUCUACAUCUCCUGUAACCCCUCUUCCCUGGUAAACAACGUCUUGGACCUCUGCUCGCCCCCUCCAGAGCUAAAGAAGCCCCAAGCAGGGGGAGGCGGGUGGAGCAAGUGGGGGCCGGCAGCAGGGCAGAGGGCGAUGGUGGGGGAGCCGUUCCAACCGGUCAAGGCUGUUGCUGUUGACCUGUUCCCCCACACAGAGCACUGCGAGGUGGUGAUGCUGCUGGAGCGGUAGAGGGGAAGGGGGGGAGGGAGGGGGGUUGGGGGAGGAGUGGGGAACAAGACAUGUUACAACGAGUGGAGACUAGUUGUGGAUGUUUACUUGUUUCCGCAUCGCACACAGAGCACUGUGAGGUGGUGACGCUGUUGGCGAGGUAGAGGGGGGGGGAGGAGGGAGGCGAUGGCAAGGCCUCGUGGAGAAGGGGAGGGGUUGGGUAUGGGGCGUGGUAAUUCCACAAGUGGCGACGGGGCUGUGGCUGUAGACCCGUUCCCCCACACCAGGGCCUCAGAUUCGUUUUGGGGCACGCUGAUCGCUCAGGGUCUGGACCCUUUUUAUCAGACGAAAACGGUCGGAUGGUCUGAUUUUCAGACGUGUUUUUUUAGGUUCAUCUGAAAGUUGAGACCACCCAGAAUUUAUCAUCUGAAUGAUAAGAUAUGGUUUUUCUUCUCGUCUGAAUAAUCAGACCCUAAGUUAUAUUUCGUCUGAGUCUGCAGACAA